GCGAGAAAUCCCAAGAUUGAUGGUUGUGGUGAUGGAAAUUCUACCGCGAUAAGAGUAGAUUGCAACGUACGCAAACGACCCCACAUGCGGGGCAGCAAACCGAUGUCGCUUGCCGCCAGAAAUAUUCCUCAUCGCAACCCUCCCACAACUUUGCUACUCUCACCUUCAAUCAAACAACCAAACACCCAAGACAAUGACCCCCGUCCAAAUCCUCGACGGUGGCCUCGGCACCUCCCUCCAAGACCACUACAACGUGACCUUCGACUCCUCCUCCACCCCGCUCUGGUCCUCCCACCUCAUCAUCUCCGACCCCGCCACCCUCCUCUCCUGCCAACGCGAUUUCACUGCCACCGCCGGCGUCGACGUCCUCCUAACAGCCACCUACCAAGUCUCUCCGGAAGGCUUCCAACGAACUAAAACCCCCGCCCACCCCAAUGGCAUUCCCCGCGACGCGAUCGCUCCCUACCUCUGCACCGCCUUGGACGUCGCCGACCAAGCCGUCCAGGCGAACUCCUCCGCUGUCGCAUUGAGUCUCGGUCCCUACGGCGCAUGCAUGAUUCCCGGACAGGAAUACAGUGGUGCCUAUGACGCCGAGCACGCGAAUGAAGAAGCGCUGUAUGAAUGGCACUCGGACAGACUGCAAUUGUUUAAUGAGGCCACGGAAGGGGCGCUGAGUACGCGCGUCAAAUAUAUUGCGCUGGAGACACUGCCGAGAUUGGAUGAAGUGAGGGCUGUUCGCAGAGCGAUGCGGCAAUCUGCGCCGGGGAUUCCGUUCUGGAUUGCUUGUGUCUUCCCUCGUGAAGGUGAGGAUACGCUGCCUGAUGGCAGCUCGGUUGACCAGGUGGUUGAGGCUGCGCUUUUGCCGACGGAGGAUGGGGCUACGCCGUGGGGUAUUGGAAUCAAUUGUACGAAGCUGCAUAAGUUGCCCGGGCUGAUGAAGGCGUUUGGGGAUGCUGUUGGGAGGUUGUUGGAGGGUGGGAGGGUUGCUGAACGUCCCGCGUUGGUGUUGUAUCCGGAUGGAACCCAGGGGGAGGUCUACAAUACGACGACGCAGACGUGGGAGAAAGUGCAUGAUAAGAAUGGAGGGGCCGAUACGCGACCUUGGGAGGUGCAAUUGGCAGAGGUGGUCAAUGACGCCCGUGCAGGUGGCCAGUUCAGUUCGGUCCUUGUUGGCGGGUGCUGCAAGGCCUCGUUCAAUGAUAUCAAGAGGCUUCGAAAGCAGUUUACAAAUGAGUAAUGUGCACAAAUCUAUAUCAAGGUUUUCUAUAAGCG